AAGGGGGAUUGAUGUAUCCUGUGUAGUAGUAAAUUGCUAACAAAAGUUUAUUUUCCUGAUAAAUUCAACCGGGAAAAUUAUCAGAGAGGCUUGUGCUGUUGAAGAAACUAGAGAAGCAGGCUGUAUAGAAAGAUCAUUCAGUGACGUUUUCAUCAUUUAAGAGAAUGUGGCACUUACAGAGUUAACAGAACCUGAAGUUUCUUAAACAAAUUGUUCAAUAUACUUUUUUUUUUAAAAAUGGAAUCAAAGCCAGUUAUCACAUAUGCUGGAGAUCUUAAUCUUUUUGCCUCACUCCAAUCGACUCUUGAGAAAAGAUUAUCUGAAGAGACAGUGGAAUGGCGAAGGUCAUAUGGAAGAUCACCAAAGAUGGUAAAAGUAGAAGCAGAUUUUGUGCCAUUCAAUGAAGACAUCAUUCCACAGGAAGGAGAGUGGAACAUCUCAGGUCAUCCUCUUCUCCACACCUAUUGGACUGAGUGCAGCAACUUGGAGAGCUACAAAAGCACAUCUCGAGAAGAAAUUAAUGCUUGGUUUUCAUACCUAAAAUUAAAAAAUGUUCAUGAUUGGAUGAUUGUUGUUGUCGACCAUGCUGAUAUAAGAAAAGCCAAUAAAGCCAAGUUAUUACCUCGAACAACUGUCCUAGAUAAAGUGAAAAAUGAUUUUCCAAGUAAAAACUCUGAAAGGUGUAUUUCCUUGUUGGAUCCAUUGAAAAAUGACUCUAGGUCUAGAGAGUCUUGGCAAUCAUUUUUGCACAGAGUCAGAAUACUGGUACUUCAGGCUUAUAAUUACCAUCUUGGACGCUAUGAGGAAUAUGUUAGAACACAACGCGAGCGUCGUAAUGAGCCCGGGUGGACAUUUAACAGAUUUUUCUUUCUUCAGGAAGAACUGGCCUUUGUAUUUGAGAUGUUGGGCCUAUAUGAAGAAGCACUCGUUCAGUAUGAUGAACUGGAUGCCCUAUUUUCUCAAUUUGUUAUUAAUUCUAAUGUUGGAGGGAUGCCUGAAUGGUUAACCCAGUUUUGUAAACCUUGUGAUACCUGGCCCGGAUUGUGUUUAUUAAAAUCCCAGGCUCUUUUGGAGAAAUUAAGAGAAGGUAAAAGUUCGCUACUUGAUUUUAGAAAUUAUCUUUUCUCUCGUCAAUGUAGUCUAUUGUUGCUGCGUUUAAAGCCGUGGGAAUUAGCACAGCGUGCUUUACCUUUUUUGCACAAUUGUGUUAAAGAACUAAAAGUAUUGGAAAUAGUUAUGCCACCAGGAUCAAUUGCUUGCUGGGUUUUUUUAAGCUGUUUAGAAGUCUUGCAGACAUGUGAAAUAUUUAAAGAAUCAUCUCAGGUUGAAGCAUGCUCAUUGUAUACAGCAGGGCUUCGCUCUUAUGCUCGAGAGAAACUGCACGAACUUGGGAUUCUUUGUGGGCUUAUGCCUGAUAUGGAAGCCACUUCUGAGCAGCUCCAUCUAGUGGUUAGUCUGCUAUCUAGGAUUGGCAAUGAUCCACAUGCUGAAAAGGCCCCACAUAGCCCUCAUGCUAAGCUAUGUGAAUCUUUAUCAUCGAAGGAAGCAUUUUUAAAAAACUACCUAGAAAUGUCAGAACUCACUAUUAGUACUUUUAAGUACAUUGGUCAGGUACGAAAUGCCAGGUUGAUAGGAUACGAUUUGGCACAGCUGUACUUAAAACUGAAAGAGCCACAUAAAGCUGUAACAUUUCUAUUGGACAUGUUGAAAACAUACCAACAGGAAGGAUGGGAAAAACUUCAAGCAAAGACAGAGGCAGAACUGGCAGCUUGCUAUAAAGCAAUGGGAAAUACACGAUCCUAUAUCAAGUUUUGUGCUUACCUGUCGGCAAGUUCUUCAGUUGUACAGGAAGAAAAAGAACACUAUUUUCGUGAACUCAUAACACUGAAGAAGAUGAUUGAGAAAGAUGUUUAUUUAAGAUCAUACAAGCUGUUGUUUAUAACUGAUGUAAAGAUUCAGAAUAGUGAAGUUAUUAUUCCUGGAUCAAAAAUUCAAGCUUCUGUCAAAAUAAGUAACUUGUUUCCUGAAGAAAUUACUUGUAAUAGUGUCUCAGUUUCUGUGGUUAAACUUGAAGAAAGUACUGUGCAAAAGGGCCAUGUACGAACUACAAGUGGCUCCGAAGACUCAAUCCCUCUGCCUGAAUCAUCUCCCGACCUUAUUCAUCAUCACGAUGGAAACACAGGUACUGCAAGAAUACACUGUUUUAAUGUUUCUCAGGUUUUACAGAGGCGAGACAGUCAUCAUAGUUUUCAUCAGGACAGUAGCAAAAUCACUAAAGAUGAAUGUGAAAUAGCUUUUUACUGUCAAAACUUGAGGUUGAAACCUGGAGACAAUUUAGUCACAUUAAAUGUUCAAAUCCAUAAUGAAGGGGUUUACUCUCUGAAACAAGUAAGUGUGGAAUGGGGAAAGCUUUGGUUUAUUCAAAACCAUAUAAUACCACAAGUUACAUUCCAUGUCUUACAUGAACCUUGUAAGAUGGACCUACAUCAAAAUCGAGGAGAAUUAUUAGCAGGGGUACCCCAGAACUUAGAGAUCAAUGUAAACAGUGGCAGUAACCAUGUUCCUCCUGGGACAGAAGUUAUUUUGAAAUCCUCCAGAGGGCUUUUAUUGUCAUUAGACCCUAGUGUUGAAGAUUUCUCUGAUGAGAUCAAAGUUGUUUUAGCUGGAAUAAAACCUUUUCAAACGAUAAAGGUUACUUUACAUGUUCUGGCUCAUUUAGGGCCACAGAGAGACAAUAACACAGUUGAGCAUCAGAUUAACUUAAAAUGGCUGUACUUAGAUCAGUGUGUUACCAUUCCACUUCAUUUUCUGCCACCAUUUAUGAGCAUAAACAAGCUUCACACAUGUGAAAAAAGAAAGUAUGUGCAAAUUAUUGUUCAUGGCUUAACCAGCGAAUCCUUUAUUUUAGUUAACUCUUCACUGAAGUCCAUAGAUAGUAAGCAAGUACAUCCAAAGCCUCUAAGUCUUUCCAACGGAACCUUGAUUGUAAACACAGAACAAACUGCAGGCUUUCUCUGGGAACUUAGACCUGAAGAAUGUGCCUUGUCCCCAAUAAAAUUUAUUUUCUCGGUGGAUUAUUUGCCCAAACAUUCUGACCAGUCGAUGGUACGCAAGUACACUUAUGAUUUUCGCCUCGAUAGCCAUAAAACUUUGUACGUGGUGAAAGCUCAAGUUAUACCAGCUAAAGGACUGGAAUUUUGUCGGGUUGGGAGCAUGUGUAACAUGCAUUUAAGUAUUAUUCAGUUCCAAUCAGUCACUCCUAAUGAGUCACUAAUGUAUGAGAUUGUGGUAGACCAGUCACAGUGGGCAGUUUGUGGUAGAACAGCUGGUGUGGUGAAUGUUGAUAUGACUGGUAAACAUAACGUUACUUUGGAGGUUAUGCCAUUAAUAGGAGGAUUUUUACCACAACCUGUUGUUAGGUUAUCCAGAUACAUUCCUGCAGACCACCAGAAACAUUUUGGAAAAGAUAGUGGGCUACGAUCAGAGGGAAAUGGUCAUUCUGCUGCUCGUCUCGAACCGUUUAAACUGGGACAGGUCUAUAACUACAAUCGAGCAACACAAGUACAUGUACUGCCAGCUACAGCAACAUCGGGAAUUGAAGUUGUGGCUACUUAAUCACGUUUCAGGAAGUUUGCUUUUUUUAUAGUACGUGGACUUCCAGGCUUAUUUGUAUAUAUUUACAACUUACAAGUUGGUGAUUUAGAUCAUUGUCAUUUUACUUCAGAAAAUUAGCAAAUAUGGUUGUGCACAACUACUUUCAAACAGAUACGUUAGAAUGUUAAGUUGAUAUUAUCAUAUGUGUAAUACAAAUGCUGAUUUGAGUUUUAAAGUUAGAGUGUUUGAUCAGUUAAUACCUACUGUUUGUCCUCUUUUGACAAAAAUUCAAUAUUUUGGAUUAUUGAUAAAUAUUCAUCAUCUGUUUUGAAGAUUUGAUUACAAGUUGAGAAAAUUGUUUGUCAUACAUGAAAAAAUAAGAAAGUGUAAGUAAUAUAAAAUCUUUUGAAAUGAAAUAUUUACAACAUUAUAUGUGAAAUACUGACAAUUUGAUCUUCGUUGUGGUUAAGAUUUUACUUGUGUAAAACUGUGUGUAUCUUGAGGAUCAUUAAAAAAAGAAAAUCUUACAAUAGUCAAAAAUAUGAACGAAAAAGGCAAUAGUUCAAACUAACCUUCUUUGGGUCGUCAGAAUGAGGUUUUCUCUGGUGCAGCGAAGAGCUAUGUGUAACGUAUAGAAUUCAUCUUUGAUUUUGUCUAGAUCACUAUAUAUAGUACAACUUUACUUAAUCACGACUGGAGGGUAAAAAAAGAUUUUCAAACAGUGAUGUUUAUCUGUAUGUAUUAACUGACAGCAUAAGACUAAAAUACUCAAUUUACUAUGAGUAAUGUGAGGUAUGUUGAAUUCCUGAAACACUGUUAAUGUAAAUUUAAACAUAGAGUUCAUAAAUUCUCUGUUUAUUAAUGAAUAAUUAGAUAGUUUUUUAUUUAUGAGGUAACUUCAUUUAGAUUUGGACAACUCAUAAAAUUUGAAGUUUCUUUGCAUUAGUUAUGUAUUUAAAUUUGAACUGCUGUAUGUCUUCACGUCGUUUUUCUACAGUAUUUAAAACCUAAUUUUCAACUUGUAUUCGUCCAAAAUAAAAAAAACAACAACAUAAAGUCAGCAAUAUAAAACCAUGCCAGCAAUCUUCAGUAUUAUAAUCUUUACAAAUAUUAGUUGUAAUAAAAAGACAAAUAUUUCCUGAUUUCCACAAAGUCUAUUCCUUGAGUGUAUUUGUACAACUUAAUUGUUUUCUUGAUAACCAUAAGGAACUAUUAUCUCUUCCUUUUUUUGGAUUAAUUUAAGUAAAAUAUUAUUAACUAGUGAAUCCAACAUGAAUAAAAUAAAAUGUUUAUUUUUCAUAACUCAUGGCUUACAAUGCAGUCUUGUUGCUUCAUUUAAUUUUCCAUGUGACUAACUUUUUUUGCAUUUUGGAAUAUCGAAAUGGGUUUACUCUUUGCUGAUUUUAACUUUCCAUGGCUAUUUUUUAAGACUAACAAUAUAUUUAGCUAAAUAUAUAUGAAACAUCCAGAGUUCAAGAUACUUAGAAUUCUGGGUGGCCAUGGACCUCAAUGCCAGGGAACUUGAAAAAUGUGUCAAAAAGUCAGAAAUAAUUGUAUCCAGCCCUUUAUCUCAGAACCUGUAAGUGCACAUAAACUAUGUUGCUUAGCUCUGGCAGUUAUUGGUAUAUUUUAAUGUAGUCUUGGUUGUUCUUUUAUCUGGUGAUAACUGUCAUUAUACUUGAUGAUACAGUAGCUUAGAUCAAAUAUUAUUUUAUGAAUAAAAAUUUUGUUUUAUUGUCCACCACUAAGUUGUAAUGUCUGUGUUUGCAGAUCAGUUUUUUCUGUAGUGCCGUAGUUUGAAGCUUUUUGUACUUUAUAGCCAUAUAUGAGGAAGAGCUGAAUUAUCAGUGUCAUAUGUGUGGGUCCAGAAAAAAAUCUGCAAUCUUGCCUGGAAAGUUGUGGGAAAAAGUUUGGAAAGAAUUUGGACACCUGAAAGGAAAUUGUGCAUUAAUACUGUAAUAUCAUAUUUUAAAAUGACUGUGUCAAACAUUUCAAUCUAGCAUUUAUUCAAGCAGAUUAAGAAAGUCUGUGAUAUAGGUUAUUUUAUUGUGUUGAGUAGUCUUUCAACAAUUCCAAAUAAAAAACAUACUGUAGGAACUGUUAUAAUUAACUAAUUGUAGUUGACCAAAGCAAGUAGUUUGCACAAUAAUAUUUAUUACGUGGAGUUCUUGCA